AGGACUGCUUCGCUUUCAUUCCACCUACCCACUACAACAAUGUCUCUUUUUGCACGCACUGGAAGGCUUUCAUUAAGUCGUCAACAGCUUCUUCGAGCAGCAGCCCCUGCACCAGUUACAGGAGGAAGUGGAGACCAAAGACUAGAGAUCAUUCGUCGUGUUCUAUUCGAGCAACCUACUCGAGAAACGCCUAAUCUCGAAGGCGAAGCUUUGCAGCAGCAUGAGACCAUUGAACGAGCUUGGAAAUUGCACCAAAAUCAAGAACGUGAACGUAGAAAUCGUGAACUUGAAAAGAAAUUUCGUAAGAUGAGUGCUGCUAUGAAUGAACUGGAGAAGACCAGUGAUAGAUUGUUCAAGGCCGCCAUCGUCAAAAGUCGUCAUAUCACCUUCCCUCGUGAAAUGAAGAUCCCCACAGAAACUCCAUCACCACAAGGCUGGAACCACGACUACACACCUCCUGUCGAAGUUGUUCCAGCAAAGAACUCAUGAGCGCAGGAACUGCCCAACGUUUGAGCUGUUGCAUCUUUUUGACACCUAUUGGUAACCCACCCCAUCUUUCAAAAUCCUAUCUGUAGACUCACAAUGUAAAAUACCCACCCUCCGUUCUGCAAAGGCUUAGCUACAACAGAGCAUUCAAAAUAAACUUGAAAAAUGAUAGACUAACAAAUCAAUUGGAAAUAUAAUGAAAAGGUGUGAUUAAGGAUG